GCAAGGUAUUGGAUAUUGAAGAGCGCUUGUUACAAAACGUGUACCACCACCUAUAUUUGCCAGCAAGUUCGGUUACCAGUCAUGGCUUCAAGUGCUACCACUGGGUCUCCCCAAGAUCCUAACACUAGAGAAUCAGACCUGACUGAUGAAGAAAAAGCAAGAUUGCAAGUUGAACUAUCACAGGUUGACGAAGAAAUUCGACUACUUCAGGAAACUCUUGCUGUGAAGUUGCGUCGGUCUAAUGAAAUUAAAAAGAGUCUUGGUUAUACUUCUCUUUCAACAUUGCAGCAUGACCUUAUGGAAGGUAUUCACAAGUUAGAAGAUACAGAAGCUUACAUCAGAACUACUGAACUUAUAAGUAAAGCCAAGGACAAGACGGUAACUGCAGCACAAGAUGCCAGGGAAAAAGUGGGAUCAACCAUUUCUGCUAUCCGAAAUUCUGAAGUCGUUAAAUCGCUGAACGAUAGCGUUGGCACUGCGUAUUCAGCAGUUAAGAUACUUUGUUUGGAGAAUAUUAUCCAUGUACCAGCUCUUUCGUGGUAUCCAUCUAAAAAGGGAGACUAGUGUGCAUCUUUGUUUAUGCGUGUGUCAAUUUUACGCAUGUGUACAUGUGUAGAUUCAUAUUGUUCUAUCAAUGUAUUCUAAGUGUACACAAAUAGAUGUUAUGCAUAUGUGUGUGUGUGUGUGUUAAAUGAUUUAUUGUUUUCAUCAUUCCUGUUGUAAUUAUCUGUUUAAUUGUAUCCACCCUGUUGGAGAAAGUACCUAAAAAGAGUUGUCAAGGUUAGUUGAAAUUUAUACAUAAAUACCUUUCGACCAAAUUGGAAUACCAACCUUAGUAGAGUUGGACUGGAAUAAAGCUAAGGUUAGUUACACUACAAUAGAAUCAUUCCGUAAGUUUCCAAACUGCUUAUUUGAUAUGUACGAGGAGGUUCAACCUGUCAAGAUGUCAGGAAUUAAUGGUCAAAUGCCCUUUGUUCAAAGUUGACCAGAGUAGCGUAGAUGUAUUCACUCCUUAUAUAAUCAGAAUUUUAAAUAUUUUUGCAUACUUUCGCUUAUUUACCCUCUUUCUUCUCCUACACUUUUGUCAACUUUAAUAUCAUUGUUUUUCUGUCUAUUGUGAAUUGUGACAGAGUGUACACGACGUUAUGUUCACUCCCCUGGCUCUUGAGUCUUAUGUUUAGGUGUUUCAUGCUGCCUUUUUUUAUUAGGAAUCGAGCUUCAGUAGUCUCUGGGCCUAGGUUUUGUACUUUUCAGCAAGCCCUUUUCAACAGUUUGCGAUUACAGUUUUAAAGAAACUCAUAAUACCUUAGACAUUUGUACCUGCAUCACUGAAUGCUGAAGUCAUAGACUUUACUACUGUCAUUAAAGUCAUGGCUAAUCAUUUGUAGGAUUGAGUUGUGUACGCCAACUGAUCCCCGAGUGGUAAAUAAUAUCAAUUUCAAAUCAUAAGUACUGAUCGAGUUUUGUCAGAUACUUCUUUUUAAACAAACAUUAGAUAGGAUUAACCACCUAAUGUUUUUGAAUCAUUUGUAUCUGAAACUGAACAAUCUUGUUUUUACCCUUACUAUGCAUCUAUAAAUGUGAUUUAUACAAAUGGUCACUUGAACAUCUCCGUUUUCAGUAAAUCUGUAGUUAUUAAACAUCUGUUACUAAAAGAAGGCACAAUAAUGCUGGUGCUUUGUAAGAGCUAUCUAAAUAUACUUAUCAGCCUGAAGGUGGAUGUUAUCUCUUGAACACUAUUGUAUUUAUAUAAUCUUUUCAUCCACCAGACACACACAUAUGUAGAUAGCACUGGACCUGAUGUAACUGUGCAUCAGUACUUAUCAACAUACUUUAUAUCACCAUAUUGAGAUGUAAGUCAACAAGUGAAGGCGUACAACGAAUAAUGGACAUUCUGAUAGGCAUUUCUGUGUAGAUGAAUGAUAAGGCAUGAUUGUAUUUAUAUCUGUUAUCGAUUUUCGACGGUAUCCUUUAGGGUAUGCAAUUGUCGAUUUUGGUUAUAUUCCACAACCUAACCUCGAAGCGUACAUUACCUUACUCCAACUCAGUUGGAGUCUUUCUCUAUUGACGGCAUGUCUGUUUCCUACACAUACCUACCUACUUUGGCUAACAUUAAGAAUUAUCACCCACCAAAACUUUAAAUCAACUUGUGUUGGAAUUUUUUCUGAAGGUAUAUGUGACCUCUUAAACCGAAUUUUAUGUAAAAAAGGAUUAAUUAUCGAAAUACUAUUUGUAAAGUUGUAUCCAUGUGUCACUUCAUCCUGCUUUUGUUGCACUACGGCUUGGUAGUUUAGGGAGAUGACUCAACCAUUGAGUCACGGAUUGGAGCCCCAUUCUACCUACUUGCGUUUCGGCAGCCAAGUGGUAUCUCUAGUUCUCACACAGUAUGUUCAGCUGAUUGCAGAGUGCACAAAGUGACUAAGCGCGUUUCGUUACCUCACAGACGUGUAACUUGUUUUAUGACAAAAAGGAAACUGGCUAGAUAACCUUUUGUAUUGUUGGGUUGUUUAUUUGAAAUAAGAUGGUGAUACAUUUAUUGCUUGAGAGAUAAAGUUUUGGAUACAUUUCAUUAUCAAUCAUCAAAUCAAGUUGUUUUAGACUGCCUACCUAAGUAUGAUUAUGGUUAGUGAGAAUGCCUGUGGGAUGUCAUCCAGUAAUUAAUAUUGUACCAUUAUUUGCUGUAUCGAAUAAGCAAACCAACUUUUAGUGAAACUCAACUACCUUGUACAUGAAGUGUUGCGCACCGCUCGAUAAAAUAUUCUCGCAUUUCUUAUCGAAUGAGGAGUUAGUUUUCGAUCACUUUCUGUGAUGGAAUGGAUAAUUACUAAACGUUCGUAGCUGUAGCAGUUAGUUUAUUUAUCUUUUUUGUAAUAAUACACCUAUUUUCAAGAAAUUUCAUUGCCAAUAUGAUCAAUCGAUGGUGUCAGCAGCCAAGUACUAACAGGUGCAAUUGACUUUCAAACAAUGGAUUCAGGCCUCAAGUUCCGCUUCUUUGUUCCUCUGAAUAUAUAUCUUAUUAGAUUGCUUCGUUUUAAAAAUAAAACUUUGUCAGUAGAAUUAAUUAAUAGGAAAGUUUCUUGUAAUUGUUGCACACUGAGACUAUAUGUACAACGCUUGGGUACAAACGGCUCUAUAUCCUCCAACUUAACUAAUUUGAGGAUGUCUAGCAACUCUGUGCAUAGUGAUUGUCACUGUCUUGGCGAUAUUGCUUGCAACAGUUAGCAGUGCUAUGUAAUUCUCAGAUCUAGUGGCAUGUGUUUAAGCGAAAUGUAAGUCAUUCUCUUGAUAAGUUAAACCAUCUUUAGGUUGAAUUUCCGUGUUUCGACACAUCUCAUACAAACCGUCUCAGUAGUUUCAUAAGUAUUCAUUAUUCAUUCACUUGAUAAUUUAUGGUGAGAUUUCGAGAGGUGGUUACUUUCCAGUGUAAUACCAUAGGAUAGAGGGUAGUUCUUUUGAAUAUUCUACCGAUCUCCGUCGAUUACGUUUUGCAGGUAACCUGCCAUGGGACAAUAUAGGAUAUGACUUAGAGUUGUAAUCAGAGAUGAGCAUACUGUAAUUCCUUUAUGUCUUCUAUUUCUGAACGGAAGUUUCAAAGCAUUUAAAGCUUCAUGAGUGUAUCUCAUAUCAUUGCUUCUCCACAUUCGACCACCUUGUUUUCAUUUAUCUCUUACUUUGUAUCUUCAUCCUGUUGCUAUAUUGUUUUUUAUUGUAUCGUAUUGGAUUUGUAUUAAAACAGCGAUACAGAAUUUAUCGGUGCCUGACAUUUUAAUCCAGGACUCAUUUCUGUUGAUAUUUUGUACCUCUAAUGAGGAUGAAUAUUAAUUCUACUAUUAUGAUUGAAAUUCAACAUAGGUUGCUUGGAUUUCCAUAAUUCUUAAUUGCAUUGAUAGAGAUGUUCUGUUAGUACUAUUAGUUGGAUUGGAAUAUUUCUUUUUUAUGGUUGUCAACGAAAUAUGAAAUGCAUAUACCCUACAUUUUUUUGAGUUUCAUCAUCCAGAUGUUGCUUUUUCCAAAAUUUCUUUUUAAACAGUACUACUAAUAUAUAAUAAGUAUCUUAACCUUUUUCAUUUCAUUUGUCCCCUCAUCAUCAAAUUUAAUUCGUACGUACUUUUUAUGUACACCAAUGUCAGUUUGGUGUCAGAGGUCACACACUUUGUGGUCUUUGUUGAACAGUUUUCAGUGGAAACUCUGUUGACACCACAGUUUAAAAACUACUCAGCUGUAGGAAAUAUCAACGUUAAUUGGGGAAUUUGCAAAUUUUUCACUAUAUUUUAGGUAUAUCUGUCCAUAUAAGUUGUCAUCUAGCCAGAUUCAGGUGAUAUGAACUAAUCCGGCUCUUUGAGCUGAAUUAGUCCGGGUAUACCGCUGAUGAUGAGCUGGGCUCCAAAAGAGCGAAACAGCCGUUCGGUCUGAUCUGGCUUGCGAAAUACUACAGAUCAGUCUGAGUAGUAGUAUCUUACACCGCUGUUUAGUACUGAAAUUCAGAGUGCAUGUAUCGUCGUAUGUUGAGUUUAUCAACUGAAUCCCUACCGUCAUCCCAGUGAGUAGCAGUGUUGUAAUUGAGACCUACCUACAACUUCAUAGCGUUAUCCUCUAGGCUAAUAAGCCAUGAGUGUCAACUCUUCACAACCGAGUUAAAGCUUUUAUUGAAGUUUUGUUGUUGUCCAGUUUAUUUGCACCAAGUUGUUCAGUGUUCGUUUUUUCAGUUCCAUUGUCCCCACUACCCUUUUAAUGUUGUCAUUAUAUUGAAUGUUGCAUAUAAUCGCUAACGUAUUCACAUUUGUAAUGCAUUUAGAUUAACUAGUGAACUAAUUAAUCAAUUAAUCCGUACAAUCUUUAAUUUUAUAGGAUGUUAUAAUUCAUUCAACCUAUGGUCACGCACCAGAUGAUGGUAAUACUAAUGAGAAUAAUGAAAAACAGUAGUAAAAAUCACACAAAAAUGAUAACUAAUUGUGCGUAUGCUUACAUGCACUUGUUAAUUAUUAACAACAACGUUGUGCGCCUUCUCCACUUUUGUGUAUAAGCUAUUUUACAAUGAUUUUGUUUUGUUAAAAUUAUUAUUAUUAUUCUCAUUAUUUGAUUGUUAAAAGUCUUUGUGUAUUUCUUCUUUUUUUUGGUAUUAAUCUCAUGCUAUGAUUACUAGUGUGUUUGUCUACUAAUGUGCACGUCCUCUAGUUUACUUUGAAAUAUAAUUUUAUUUUCAUAGUUUUCAUCUUACAGUUUGAUUGGUGUUGAAAAGCGUAGACUGUCUAGUUGACACUUUCUGAGACCAUAGGAGUCAAUAAGCGGUCAUCACAUGGCGGUGUUAAGUGUCAAGAGUGAAGAGGCCGUGGAUCUAAGUUUCAUUCUUGUUGGUACUAGCCAGCUUGGUUUAUUUUUAACCAUGAGGGAACUGGUGUUUCGAACUACUAUGAUCUUUCUUCAUCUUUCUGCACGUGAUUACUAUCGAUUAAUUAUUUUUACGGCUUCUUAUAUUUUUUAUUAUACUAUCAUUCGGUUUCUGUUCACUUUUUUUCGCGUUGUGGAUUUCUGUCGUGUACAUUGCUUGGAAAGUUGAAAACUUGAAAGUAUCCUAUUUUGAUGAGGUUCUGUGUUGUUGUUUUUAGGGGGUGCUUUUCAUUUUCGGCUUUCGUACACCUCUUAACGUAUUUCACAUAGUUACCUUCAAACCGCCAUCCUACUUUUUAUUUUUAAUGUAACCUUGUAGAUGUUUAUGUACUAACCUGUGGGGGUUUGUGAUAUUACCCGGGUGCCUGAGUGGCAGCUAGUGAAGCUGAAUUCCAACCUGGAACCCAUUUCUUGAAACUUUUUGUAACUUAAAGAGUGUUAUGUGAAUAUUCAACAUAAAUGUCGAAUCAUUACCUGUCAGCUUUCUGUUCAGUUAAAUCGUUGUGCCAGACCGCCUUUUACGAUUAACCUUUACGCAAUAGUUGGUUGUCUUUUUCUAGCCAGUUAGUUACUGUAAGUAGCUACUAUUAUUUCUGAUCUACAUGUUAAACGUUUUCACUCUGACAGGCUUGACUUCUAAUCCUACUAUUUACGUUUACUAUACUCAUGGAAAUUCUUCAUUAAUUAGCUUGUAUCUUAGGUUUUUAUACACCUCUCCUGAUUCGCUUCAUCUUUUCGCCAUUCCUACUACUAUUUUAAUACACUGGAUACAUUUUUUUUCUUGAAACAUUUCAUCAAUUAAAGAUAAUAUUUCGCAGUCGUUAAACAAAUAGCAAACCCUAUAGUCUCUUUUACCAGUGUAUUUCAUACAAGACUGUCAAAUCAAUUAGAAAAUAGCUUGUGAUUGUCUGAUGUUGUUUGCCUCAGAGAGAUACUACAUUAUCAAAAUUUUGGAACCACUGGAUACAUAAAAGUGGGUGAACUUGUGGACGUUGUUAAUAUAAGAGUAAAACUUGUUCAC